AUGGGAUGCAGGAAUGUUCUGAGGGCCACAAUUGAUGUUCCCCAGGUAGGAGAAGUCAAUUUCAACUGCACCCACCUUGAUCAUCUAGAUGAGAACUGGAGAAUGAAGCAAAUAAAUGCAAUAAUGCAAUCCAGUAAUGGGCCUCACAUUUUGGCUGGCGGUCUCAAUUCCCUUGACGAAACAGAUUAUUCAUUAGAAAGAUGGACAGACAUUGUAAAGUAUUAUGAAGAGAUGGGAAAGCCCACACCAAAGGCUGAGGUGAUGAAAUAUUUAAAGAGUCAAAAAUACACAGAUGGUAAGGAUUAUGCAGGGGAAUGUGAGUCUGUAGUCAUGAUCGCCAAAGGACAAAGUGUGCAGGGGACAUGCAAGUAUGGGACUCGGGUAGAUUACAUAUUGGCAUCAUCAGAUUCGCAGUACAAGUUCAUCCCCGGCUCAUACUCAGUUUACUCUUCAAAAGGGACUUCUGAUCAUCACAUAGUGAAAGUUGAUGUAGUGAGAGUAGAUAGCAGUCCUCAACAAUAUGUCCAUAGAAAGCAAAAGAAACCCAAACAGAAAGUUGUAAAGAUAACACACUCUUCUUCAUCAAGGGGUAUAUGGAAACCACAAACUUGA